UCUUCCCACAAUGCUGUGACAAUGGAGAGGAGGAGCGGCAGGGUACAGAGGUCAUCCUGAGGAUAGGGCUGGAACACCCCCAAGCAGCAAAGCUUUUCUGUGUACACCUCUCUCCAUCUGUCCCAUCCAGCACUCUGCAGACAUGGAUGGCUUGGCCUCUUCUACACUGACACAUUCAGCUUCUCUCAAGAAAAAUGAAAACUAGACAUCAGAUGGUACAUACAGGCUUUCCACGUGCUGUUUUAAAAGAAUAGCCUUUGACCAAGAAUAAAAAUUGUCGUCAGAAUAAUAUGCGAACAGAUCAUGAAGAACUCUGUGGCACCAGUUAUGGAUCUUUUUGUUUAAAUGGUGGGAUUUGUUAUAUGGUACCUACUGUAUCCAGUCCUUUUUGCAGAUGUAUUGAAAAUUAUACAGGAGCCCGUUGUGAAGAAGUUUUGCUGCCCAACAUCAAGACCCAAGCUACAGUUGACCUGUUUGCAGCUUUCUUGGCUUCAGUUGUUCUUCUAGGGGUACUUGUAAUUGGAACAUUUUACUUCUUUUGCAGGAAGGCCCACGUUCCAAGGACCAGUUCAACUGAGUGUGGUGCCAGCUUGACCGAGACCACCAGCAGCAAUGGCUGCAACAAAAUAACAGAGUAAAGCAGUAAAACAGAGGAACCAUGGCAGAGCAAUGUGCAGAGCAACCAUAAACAUAUAACAGGUGUAUGGGAGAGCAAGCUAAGCAGGAUGUGUGGAGAAAAAAUUAGAAACAAAUAGGGGGUUUGCUAAUGUGCUGGGAGAGGUCUGCAGCUAGGCUGUAAGGAAAAACAGUUACAUUUCUCGGAGUUCCAGGCUGUUUGCAAAGGGAAAUUGUAUGGAGAGCACUUGGACCAGCUUUUGACUGUGGGAUUUUUCCCAACAAAUGCAUCUGAAACCUUUUGCUACCAAGUAGUUACAUCAGCUGGUUCCCCCCCUUUUUUUCAAAUGUGCAGUUAGGAAGCAUGAAAUAAUCACAUAGGGAUCAUGAAAUAAUCACAGUGUGUUUUUCACUAUGUAAGGAGUAUGAAAGGCUUCUCAUAGAGGGUUCUUUCACCUGAUCACCCCUUAUCACAGAAAAUUCAGAAGCAUUUCUCAAAGGAGCCCAGAGGCUAGCCAAAUCCAGUGUUUCCCAAAUUUAUAUUUAGAAUAUAUGUCCCGAAUUUGACCUAUUUCAGGAAUACUCACCAGAUGUGGAAAAAGGUACCUUCUCAUCACUCUCUGCAGCUAACAUUAGUACCUUUUUUUUUUUUUUAAAACAGUGAUUCAAAACAUCACCUUCUAGCUCAGAGACUUCAACUUGCAAUAAAAAAUGUCAAAAUGAGAUUUAUAAUUGUUAAAGAAAAACUACUGGGCAGAGUAAUUACCUUGCAUUUGGUAUAUGCCCCUAAUACUGAGCAAAGGGCCUUCCUCAAUGCUUUUGUUCCUUUCUUGACAUUUCUUUCUGAGGAUCUCAUUACUGAGGGAGAUUUAAAUCUCAUCCUAAAGCCCACUGUUAUUUCAGACCAUAGAAGAGAGGAAUCCAAUUCCCAUGGCCCAUAUUGGAAACAAAACCUUUUCCAGCUGGGGGUAUAUGAAUCCUGGAUGAUGGGGAAGCCACCAGCAAAGAAUUAUUUAUUUUAUUCACACCUACCUUUGCUAUUCAUUCAAAUGCCUUCUAUAUCUUUGUCUACUCACUUUAAGGAUUUUCUAACCAUUACAGAUGGAGGUCAGCUGAUCCAGUCAGUCCCUAUUCCUGUCAUGACUACACACAGACAUUGGCUGGGUAGCAGAAGCCAUAGCAGCUGGGAAUGGCACAAUGCAUUUUUUAAUGAGUUUGCAGCCUGGGGUGCCAUCAUUAGCAAAUCUAAAAUUUAUUUAAAUGAUGAUAAAAAUGGCAAGCUAGCUCCCAAUACGAUAUGUGGGACUUACAAAGCAGGGUUAAGGGGAAACUUAUUGCAGACAAUUUCUACUAUUGGAAGGGAAAGACAUGCAGAACACAGAUUGCUCCUCUCUGAAAUAAAAAACAUAAUUUUGCAUAAAAAUAUAGGUGAAAGAAAAAAUUUAAAGAAAUCUAUCUCCCUGUGGGGCCUGCUCCAUGCUUCCUUGUUAGAAGAAACAGAAAAUAUGUUUUAUCAGUUCAGACAAAAGUACAUUGAGAUGGGAAACAAAGGCCAUAAAUAUUUAGCAAAGAUGAGUACCAUGAUUGGGAUGAGAGAACAAAACAGCAAGCUCCAUUACACUGGAGAAGCUGGUUUCCGAGUUAUAUCUGACCCCAUGCAGAACGAAUGGGAGGGAGGCAAGUCAGUCUCACUCUCAGGAAAAGGGUGUUGCCCAGACAGGUUCUCCAUUGAAUUGUACAUGUCUCUGAUGGGUCACUUUCUCUGCAAACUUACCAAUCUUCUAAACAUUAUUCAGGACUUCCAAACUUUAGCCAAUAGUAGGAAAGAAGCCAAUAUUGCUGUGAUAUUAAAGGCCAGAAGUGAUAAAACUGAAGUUACUACACAUAGACACAUCUCACUGUUAAAUACAGAGUUUAAGAAUUUUGCAAAGGUGUUGGCAGCCAACUUGGAAUCAAUUUUACUUAAAAUAACCAGCAUACACCAAUUGGGAAUCAAUCAGGGAAGACUGCUAUUAGAUAACUUCCCUAGGCAACUGGCUGUAAUCCCUUUGAUUUUACUAAAGGCAAAGGCAGAUAUUUUAUUUUCAUUAGAGGUGGAAAAGGUCUUUAAUCAGGGUGAAUGGAAAUUACUGAAGGGAAUAAUUCUAGAAAAGCCAGUUAAAAAAUGUACUGAAAUCUUACUCUAUAAACACUCAAAGCCCCUCUUGCUUCAUAGAGGAACAUGGCAAAUUUAUCCACAACUUCCCAUCUUGCUGGUAUUAAUCAGAAAAAUAUUUGCACAGAAACUUAGAGAAGAUCAACCAACGCAAUGCUUAACUGCAAACAGAUCAGCCCAUAAAACAGUGCUGUCUGUGGAUGCUCUAUUAAUGUUUACAGAGUCACUCAGAUCAGUGGCAUAUGUGGGGUUUAAAAUUAAUCAUAGCAGUACACAAGCUACAUCAAUAUGUCUUAAAUCUCCAAAUGAAAACAGACUACAGCUUCAUUUAAAGUGGCCCAAAUAUCACACAAAAAACAUGGUGGUCAACAUUAUUUCCAACACAAUAACAUUGUAUGAAGCCAUUGGUCCACAUUUGUUGGAAAAAACUAAAAAAUGAUUCAGUGGCAAAAGAUCAUCAUUACAUGGUUUGACAAAACUAUUGUCACAGCUACAGCGUUGUGCCUGAGGAGCACCUCUGCCUUCCAAAAUCUCUGAAGAGAGGUUUCCCUUAACAUGUGAGAGCUCAUUUGGGGAACAGUUGCAGCCCUAAAUCAAAAUGCUGCCUGGCUGUCCCUGGUACACAGCCUUGCUGUCAGGGUGGCAGAGCACACCAAAGUAAGGAACAACACUAGGCGAACAUUGAUCUCCUCUUCUGCUGCUUGUUUCAGCUCGUAUACCAACACCCAGGGGGAAUACAGAGCAAAGUCUACUAUCUGCUCUAAAGAUUCAAAAAGAAGCGUUAGAGAGAACCCGGCUCUUUCAUCACUCACUGCACAAAAUCACAAUUCUCUUCUUCCUUUCAGGAUUCAUUUCAAAACAGAAAAGGGAGGGAGAUGAGCUUCAAUAGAAUGACCCAGGCAUCUAAAAAGGGAGAUGGGUGGCAGGUGCAAUACAGAAAAUAUUUGCCCCAUUCAAUAAUUUCAAACAUAAGCACCAUUCUCACUCUGUGAGUUAUCAGUAUUGAUUCGUGUUCUCCAAAUGGAAAAGAUAACCCCAAAACUGAAGAGAACAAAAUAUCUCGUUCCAGGCAGCCAGGGGCCAGACCUGGGGGCUGCUUGCUGUGCAGGCCACAGACCCUGGGGUCACAUGUCACAUGGACAGGCACCCUCUGGCUCCUCACCACCACUUAGGCUGUCAAAUACACCCUGCCACCUUCCACCACGUGAACAGGAUGGCUCGCACAGUGCAGGCAGCCCAGCUCCCCUCUCUUCCAACUGCACACAUAGGUGGUCUCCCCCUCCCAACUCCCACAGCACAGGUAGCCUGUCCUCCCCCACCUCCUACUCACACAUGCAGAACCCAGUCCCACUCUCCUGUUUGCACACGCCAACCACCUCCAGUGCAGGCACCUUUGCCCACUUUGCUGUGCAGGGCUGGGGCAGUGGGAUAGGAGUAGCUGAGGAAGAGGGGGGUUGGGGUAGCAGUCAGCCAGGACCCUGCAUGCUAACCCUUCAGGGGGCACAUACAACUCAUGGGCUGCCAGUUGGACAACCCUGGCAUAAAUUAUAAAAGAAGAAAUACCAAAGCAGAAGGAAUAGCUGUAUGAGGAGAUCUCUUAUGAACAGUGAUUAUGGGUGUAUUAUGGCAUUACUACCUCUUCUACACAUUACCAUGGAAAAACCCUACAACAUCAGGUUCCACUGGCAUUUGGCUUCUUUCAGAUGUAGACACAGUACCAGAAUAUUUUAAAUUGUUUUUAGAGGAAACUGGGGCUCAGCUUGCAGUUUUUCCAUUUCUGGUAGGGCUACUUUAGAGUCCAGGAUUGCUAGUUGAGAACUCUAUUAUAAUUCUGUAAAAUACACAAAUCAGGUUACUUGAUGAUUCCCUAAGAGUUUUGGGAACCAAUUUUGUAGUUUUGUAAGGUAAAAAUGCAGAAUCUGAUAAUUCUUCUUGAUAGCAGCUAGAUGGUAAAUUGAAGAGCUAUAGAAAAGAUAGGGCACACCCCCUUUGCCCCAGAUAAUACCAAAUAAGUCAAAAGCACCUAGACUUAAAUCAUUUAUCAUUUUUUCUCCAUUGAGGAAGAGGUUCAUACCUUUUAGAAAGCAAGCAGGGCUACCUUUCUUAUUUUAAAGAGAAAGAACACACAGCUACCAAAAGGACACCGAAAAAAACUGAAACUGUUUUUCUUUAUUGUACAAAAAAUUGCUCUACCUUGUUAUUAUCAAAAGUCCAUGUCUCUUCUUGCUUUCUUUUUUCUGAUCAUAGCCUGUGUAAGAAGCUAUCUAUGUAACUAUAUCUCAAAUGAAAUGCACAAAAUAAAGUAUUUAGUGUAGACUGCCA